AUGCGAAAUCGCAAUUCCAGGAGCCCUCCUCUCUACGCUGGACGUGGCAAUCACCUGGUGGAGGAGAGAGAGAGAGAUCCCAAGACUAUCAUCAACUGGGAUCUCUUCGCUACGCUGGCCGGCUUUUGGGAAGAUUCCGCAAUGGACAACAUCGACGAGGAAUAUGACCGGCUCGAACACCUUCACGACCCCACGAAGAACGAAAGCUUAGAGACAGCACAAGCCGCAAGGAAUCAAGAACUCACGUCCGGACUCGCAAGGCUUUGCAGAGAGGCGAUAAAGGAAGGCUUUAAAGAGAGAAGAGCAGAAGUGCUGGCUAAAGCUGCAGAGGCGGAGAAAAGCAUCCGCUAUGCCCGUCGAGACUUCGCCAGUCGCAAGACGAGGAUGACUACUCUCCGGAACCCGGAGGGAACAACCAUUGCAUCGAGAAGGGGGAUGGAGAAAAUCAUCUACGACUUCUACUCUUAUCUGUUCGACAGCCAUGUCCACUUGCCCCCUCACCAUCUGAGGGAAGACGGACAUAUCAUUCCAUCCGCAUUCCGGUUCUCCCGCCCGAAAUAUGACAUAGUAUCAUGUCGGUAA